GGAAGUAGCUGGGAUCUCAGCGCAGCGGCGCUUCCGGGCGAGAGUCCGCGCCUGCGCCGCCGCUGUCGGCGGGCUGCAUCGGCCAGGAUGGUGGAGAAGAAGACUUCGGUGCGGUCCCAGGACCCCGGGCAGCGACGCGUGCUGGACCGGGCGGCCCGGCAGCGCCGGAUCAACAGGCAGCUGGAGGCCCUGGAGAACGACAACUUCCAGGACGACCCCCACGCCGGCCUUCCCCAGCUGGGCAAGAGGCUGCCGCAGUUCGACGAUGAUGCCGACACCGGAAAGAAGAAGAAGAAAACUAGAGGUGAUCAUUUUAAACUGCGUUUUCGAAAGAACUUCCAGGCCCUUCUGGAAGAGCAGAAUUUAAGUGUGACUGAGGGCCCUAACUAUCUCACAGCCUGUGCAGGGCCCCCGACCCGGCCCCAGCGCCCCUUCUGUGCAGUGUGUGGUUUCCCUUCUCCUUAUACUUGUGUCAGCUGUGGGGCUAGAUACUGUACUGUCCGCUGCCUUGGCACACACCAAGAGACUCGGUGUUUGAAGUGGACAGUAUAAGUCUGGGAGCUUUCCCCAAGGAAAGAAAACCCUGCCUUGCUCUCUCCCAGAGAGAAAAGAUGAAACUGUUGGAACCUUACAGCUUCCUAGACAGGACUAUUCCUCAGUCUCUGUUUCUUUUCUUUCUUUUUUUUUCUUUUUUAAUUUUGUCAUUCUGUACUCCACAAAUAUCAUCAAAAUCACCAUUUCCAAAUACACAGAAGUCACAAAAUAUGAUUAUGCACAAAAUUCUUAUAUACAUCUUGCAUUCUUUAAGGAUAUAAUAAAUGCAAUGUGUUAAUUUUAGAGCUAUCCUGCUUGUCUCUCCUUCUGAACCCUCUUCUCUUCUAUGCAUUUUUAAAAUGCUGUAGUGACUCUUUAUUUUUUGGCAUAUCUACUGCUAGUUCUCUUCUCCCUUCUAAAUCCCUCACAUUAAAAAAAAAAGCAACCUCCUGUAAUAAAUAAGCAUAAUCAAGCAAAACAGCUCCUUACCUUUGCUGUGUCUGAAAAGGUAUAUCUCUUAAUCCUGUUUCUUUUCCAACAAGGAAGAUAAGAACUGGGAAAAUGAGAGCCCCUUUUCUAAGUCCCCCAGUGUUUCAGUUUAGAUGGGGGAGGUGGUAUGGAACUAAAUCUGCAAAACACUGCAGUCUGAUAUGUGUGUCUGUAAUAAAGCCAUAAGAAAAAGUUUCACCAUA